GUCCACUCUCUCCUUUGGCUUCGCCGUACGUUAUUCAAAUUUAAUCCGCACCAGAUGAAUUUUAACCCCUCACCUCUCUCUUUAUGCUCGAGAUGGACUGUCGAUGUCGGAGACGAAGUUUCUUCAGAGUAAUUCCGUUGAGGCAUCAACCAUGUCCGGGCAUCUGGAUUGCUUAGCCAAGCCUUGCUUUGAGGGGAGCAAUGGGGAAAAAAGAGAGAGAAAAUCAGAUUUUGAAAUAUCUGAAGAUGACAAGAGGACUAAAAUGGGGAAUCUUAAAAAGAAAGUAGUAAAGACUUCAAGUAAAUUCAGACAUUCUUUCAAGAAGAAAAACAGAAGGAAAAGUGAAGCUCAAAAUACAUCUCUUUCAAUAGAGGAUAUUCGGGAUGUUGAAGAGCUGCAUGCUGUGGAUGCAUUCCGUCAAGCACUGAUCCUAGAUCAGUUGCUGCCGGCCAGACAUGAUGAUUAUCAUAUGCUGCUGAGGUUUUUAAAAGCAAGAAAGUUUGAUAUUGAAAAGGCAAAACAAAUGUGGGCCAAUAUGAUCCAAUGGAGACAUGAUUUUGGUACCAACACAAUUGUGGAGGAUUUUGAGUUCAACGAGUUGAGCAAAGUUCUAGAGUACUACCCUCAUGGUUAUCAUGGGGUGGAUAAAGAGGGAAGACCUGUUUAUAUUGAAAGACUAGGAAAAGUUGACCUCCACAAGCUUAUGCAAGUAACCAAUUUGGAGCGAUUUUUGAGAUACCAUGUGCAGGGUUUUGAAAAGACUUUUUCCAUUAAGUUUCCAGCUUGCUCUAUUGCUGCAAAGAGACACAUUGAAUCAAGCACAACAAUUAUAGAUGUACAAGGCGUGGGUCUUAAGCACCUAACCAAGGCUGUACGGGAACUUAUCAUGCGGCUGCAGAAGAUUGAUGGUGACUACUAUCCUGAGACUCUUUGCCGAAUGUUUAUUGUCAAUGCUGGUCCUCUUUUUAAGGGGCCUUGGAAUGUUGUCAAAUCUUUUCUUGAUCCCAAAACAGCUAGCAAGAUUCAUGUUCUUGGUCACAAGUAUCAGAGCAAAUUACUGGAAAUAAUUGAUGCAAGUGAGCUGCCACAAUUUCUCGGUGGUAGCUGUACUUGUGCUGAUCAGGGAGGUUGUAUGAGAUCUGAUAAAGGGCCUUGGAAUGACCCAAACAUACUAAAGAUGGUUCUCGGUGGUGAAGCAUUAUAUUCCAGACAAAUAGUGACAGUGUCAAAUGGCAAGCGCAGAGUAAUUUUGUAUGAUAAGCCAUGCCAUCCAUUGAUGAGAGGUGGUGAUGCAUCUACUGCAGAAUCAGGGUCUGACGUUGAAGAAAUUGCUUCUCCUAAGCCAUCUAGAAGUUGUUUGCAGCCAGCAUUGGCUUCUGUUUGUGAAGACAUGUUUAUGGCUAAAAUGGCUGGUAAGUCAAGCUCGGGUGGUGGUUUAAGUGAGUUUGAUGAAUGUGUGCCCAUGAUUGACAAGGUUGUGGAUGCGGUAUGGGAUAAAGUUGAGUUUCAACAAAAUAUCUCUACUUCCAAAGGGGCCUGCUCUUUGUCGACUAUAGAAAAUAAUCCUGAAGGAUUCCCCACUAAAAUUUGGGCUGUUAUAGUCACCUUCUUUUUUACCUUUCUUGCUCUUAUCCAAAAAUUGGCAUUCCAACUGACUAAGAAAUGCUGUAUGCCUGAAAUGACCCGUGCCUUCCCUGAUCCAAAUGGUGAAUCGAUGCACAAGGAAGAGUCUCGCCUCUCUUUGCCUCCUCCAAGGUAUACAGAGGCAGACCUUGCAUCAUCUGUUCUAAGAAAACUAGAAGAGCUUGAGGAAAAGGUUGAGAUACUACAAUCAAAGCCAUUUGCAAUGCCUGGUGAGAAAGAGGAGUUGCUGAAUGCUGCUGUUCAUCAUGUUGAUGCAUUAGAAGCAGAGCUAAUUGUUACCAAAAAGGCUUUGCAUGAAGCUUUGAUUAGGCAGGAUGAUUUUCUUGCAUACAUUGAUCGUCAACAAGAAGCGAAGUUGCGGAAAAGGAAAUUUUGGUGGUGAGAGCGAGAUUCAUAUACAGGAGGCACUCUUGAUGGAAAUUCUAUCUGCAUAUACAAUUUCGUUACCUGUAUAUGGUUCUUAUAGUAUCUUGUAAAUAAAUACAUGCAUAAUCAAACUUCUCUCCAUAGAUAUUCAUAGAGAGGUGUACCGUCCUGGUUUCGAUGGUGUUAUUUACUUAUUUUUGAAAUGAAAAAAACACCCUUCA